AUUUUCAGGACUAAGCUGUAAAUGAAUGAAUGGUGGGCAUCAGAUGGUGGAUACACCUGGCGUUUAGUUGCGCAGUUUGUGGAUGAUGGUCGUGUUUCGUUCAACCGGGCGUGUAUAGAUCUGGAACCUUGGCAAAUCGUCUCAUACACUUUGUCCGUUGCUUGCUUCUUCAUCUGGUUACGGAAACUGCUAAAAGCAGACCGCCCUCUUUCCGCCCGUAUUCGUGCUGUGAUUUUUUCCGCAUUUCGGACGAUACCGUGGGUAAAUGCACAAAUAAAAGAAGAAAUGGAAAAAGCAAGAAAAGAUCUUGAAGAAACGAUACAUCAAUACGACAAGAGAAAGGAGUUCUACAAGUUCUUGCCUGAGCAAGGGCUUACAACUGUUAGCAUAGUUCAUGAGGCAGAAUUAUACAAAACAAUGAAUGAGUUCUCUUUUUACGAAGGUCGCGUUUCUGGCGUAAUCUUUGCUGAUUUCGAUGAAGAACACCGAGCAUUGCUACAAAAGAUUUUUGAGCUCUUCGUAUAUUCGGAUUCUGUAUAUCCUGAUCUUUUUCCCGGCUGCCGGAAAAUGGAAGCAGAAAUUGUGCGGAUCGUUGCUUCACUUCUUCAUGGUGGGCCUGGCUGUUGUGGAACAGUUACUUCCAACGAUACAGAAAGCAAUAUGUUGGCAUGUUUUGCUUAUCGAAAUCGCGCGUCUGCUCGUGGAAUCAGGCAUCCAGAAAUGUUGGUACCAGUAACUGCUCAUGCUGCAUUCGAAAAAGCAGCGAAAGUAUUACGAAUACGUAUUCGCCAUAUUCCCGUUGAUAAGAACCAGCGAGUUGAUGUAGGUGCAAUGAAGCGCGCUAUCAGUAAUGAAACUUGCAUGCUCGUGGCAUCAGCCCCAAACUAUUCAUUCGGUACAAUCGACGACAUAGAAGCAAUUUCUGAGUUAAGCCAACGAUAUGAUGUUCCUUUGCAUGUUGAUGCAACUCUUGGUGGCUUUAUCCUGUCCAUCAUGGAACGAUGUGAUUUUAGAGUUAAAUCCUUCGAUUUUCGUGUACCGGGUGUUACAUCAAUUUCUUGUGAUGUCCAAAAAUAUGGUUUUGCUCCAAAUGGAACAUCGCUAAUAUUGUACCGCGAUUCCUCUCUGCUUCAUUAUCAGUACUUUUGCGACGUUGAAUGGCCUGGUGGCAUAUAUAUGACACCCACUUUAGCUGGUAACAGAGACGGAUGUGCAAUAGCUUUAACAUGGGCUACUUUACUUUACAACGGAAGACGAGGAUAUACAGAACGAACGGAGGCAAUCAUUAAUGCAGUGCGUGAGAUACGAACAGGUAUUGAGAAAUGUCUGCACAUACAACUGUUAUGUGAAUCAGAUGUUACAACUGUUGUUUUUACGACAAGAGGUCUCGACGUUUACGCCUUAGCUGAUCGCAUGAAUAAGCUAGGAUGGGUCUUGUCUACUCUUCAAAAUCCACCUGCAGUUCAUAUAUGUGUUACAAUGAAUCACACGAAGUCAGGUGUUGUGGAAAAUUUCCUUCGCGAAUUGAACAUGGCAUGCGAAGAUCUGGUGUCAAAUCCACAAUUCAGCCAUCACUCAAGAACUGCUGCGAUCUACGGUAUGGUAUCCGUUGUACCAGAUCUAGUAGAGGAAAUAUCUCACAUGUAUCUUGAUAGCUGCUAUGCAGUGCCACUACCAUUAACUGGUCGUACGCUGAGUGCUGAGGGAAGAAAAAAAAGCCUCAUACCGGAUUAAAUUGGAUAAUCGACUUCUAAAAAUGAAUAGAGUGUACUUCAGAAAUAUCCCGACAAUAAUAAAACAGUUAGUUUUAAAUUAAGAAGUAAAUCAAAGUAAAUAUAAUCACAUUUCAUCAUUAUGUCGAUUAUCGCUAUCUUAUGCUGUCAUUCGUGGCGAAAUCUUCAGUAUUUUUUAUAAUAUUCUACGAAUGGAAUUAGAAUAGCGAUAAUGCUUUGGUACAUUUGGGAUAUGCAGUAUUUUUGGAACUUGUCAUCAUCAGAUGAUUCUAUCAGUUUAGUUCAAUGUUUAGAAUUGUAUUAUUUUACCUCGUAUUUUAGUAUUCGUUUUCUCUUUUUCCUCAUAAUUUGAUCAUUUAGACGGUGCGAAGUAUAAGGGUUUUAUUUCAUUUUCUGUUUCGCUUAUCACGUGUAACAUUGCUACUUCAUAUAUAUUUGUUUAAAUUUUAGUUUUAAUUAAAGUGAUUCUAUUUGGUUUGUUGGUCGAAAUGUCAUUAAUCGGUGAAGAAUUCCCUUAAAUUUUAGAUCUUUUGCUCAUGUUUUAUAUGCUUUAGAAAAUAUGGAAUAUGAUUUCUG